CUCGUUGGCUCGACUCUCCGUGGCUCUGUGUGAGUGUGUUUGUGUGCGUGUGCGAGAAAGAUACGAGUCGGUGUGCAGCUGUGUCGCUAUACUCGGUGCGCGAGUCUCUGCAAAAGAAGCUACUGCUGCGCGGGCGCCGUCGUUUUGCAUGGAGCAUCUACGUCAGCUGCUGCUGCUGCUGCUGGAGCCUGUGCUGCUGCUGCUGCUACUGCUAUUGUGUGCAUCACAGUAGCAGCCCGAGUACAGAAGCAUCGCCAGCGUAGCACAGCCUCGCGCGGCGGAAUCGGCCAUCGUCGCCAGUAGUCGUCGUCGUCGCCUUUUUUUUCCUCUCUCUCUCUCUUACACUCGCUCUCGUUCAAAGUGCCGAGAGCUGCGCUGCUGUGCCAGAGACAGGCCUCUCUCGAUCGCGCGUGCAAAAACCAAGCGUCAUGCUGCUUCGGGGCUAGAUAAUACGACAGACGGACGAGCAGUCAGCGAGCUUCCAGUCAUUCGUGAGUAGCAGCGGCGGCGGCGUAUCGAUGAAGCUCGGUAAAGGUAGCUGCUGCGAGGAGCUACCGAGCCAAAGUACAAGCAGCAGCGACAGCGUGACUCGUCGCUGCAAGAGAACGAGGAGAAGAUCUCGCUCGUCGAUCGAUUGAUUCGAGCGCUCGAGAGCCGUCUACUGUUCCCGCGUGCACUGUCCCUGUCUGCCAAUUGUGCAUCCUAUAAUCUCGAGCUGCUGAAUUAUGCUCGAUGCGAGUCCGCGACUCUGCCAGAGCGACUCGUACGUUGAUAACGGUGCAGCAUCAGAAAUCGAGCAGCGCAGCGAGCCCCAACGACGUCCGAAUCAAUGACGCCGAGGACGACGACGAGGAGGACGACGACGACGAGGACGACGCGAGCAAGAAGCCAGCCAAAACUCAAAGCCAGUUCUGAAUGAGUGGCGAAAGCACAGUUGACGGGCAUCGUCGUCCUUACGGUUGUUACCCGUGCGCUUACGGCGACAGCGAGCUAUUGACAUUCGCGACGAUGCAACCCUACGUCACGACCGCCAUCACAUAGCAUCGGUGCUCGAGAGAGACCACUGGAUGCACGAGGCAGAUUCGCUCGAAAGCUCCAUUUUUAUCUUACGCGUAUAAGCAUGGCCGAGGACGAGGAUCGCUCGAGCAGGCCAAAGUCGUCGGGGCGCCGCGACGACCACGAGGACGCAGGACCUUCCUCGCGACUCGUACACGCUACUAGCUGAGCCUAAGAAACUUCGGCAACGUAUCAGUGCGCGCAAAAGCUCUCGCCUCUCAUCCUCCAAAGGGACUGUGUAAUUAAUUGUCCCCGCGAAAUAUGAAUAAAAAGUGCAUAUUGUGAGUGUAUUUUGAAAAGAGAGCGAGAGAGAAAAGUAACAUGUGCCUCGUCAAGGACAUGGAUCGCGUUUGAAGGCAAAAACAAGGUAGGCAUAUAGUGGCUCAAAGUGAGGAUCUGGCGGGAACGCGGCAGCCGCAGCAGCGGCAGCGGCAGCCAACAGCUGCAGGUCAUGGCAGGUUCACUCUCGGGCUUAUCGACGAGCGGCUAUCAGCAGCAGCAGCAGCAAUCGGUCGUAGGGGGCCAGGGCGGCCAGACGCCGACGACCACCGGCGGGAGUGCUGGCGGUGGCGGCUGCGGCGGCGGUUCGUCAGCUGAGCUGCAGCGCGACCAGCCGCCCGGACACGGCCACACUUUUGCCAAAAAGACCUUUCACAAGCCAACCUACUGCCACGGAUGUACGGACAUGCUCUGGGGUAUAAUACAGCAGGGCUACAUUUGCGAGGUUUGUAACUUCGUCGUGCACGAGAGAUGUCUCAAGACUGUCGUUUCGCCCUGCUCAAGCAUAGCUGUGAACCUCAUCAAGAAUCCAGUGGCGCACUGCUGGUCCGAAUUGGUGCAUCAGAGGAAGAAGUUUUGCAACGUCUGCAGAAAGCGCCUCGACGACAACCUCUCCCUGCACUGCGAAAUAUGCGAGUACUACGUACACACGGAAUGCCAGGACUUUGCGGUGGCCGACUGCAAGGAGAACGCGACCUACCUGCCCGGCAAAGAUCUGUCCUCGGUGCGGCACACGCACCACUGGCGCGAGGGAAACCUGCCGAGCAAUUCCAAGUGCGCGCUCUGCAAAAAGACCUGCUUCUCGACCGAGUGCCUGGCUGGCUAUCGCUGCGAGUGGUGCGGCAUGACGUCGCAUGCGUCGUGCUAUCGAGACAUUCCGGCGGAAUGUACCUUUGGUAUGCUGGAGCCGAUUUAUCUGCCGCCGCACGGCGUCAGCAUACCGCGCACCGAAGUACCCAUGGAGGCCAUAAUCGGUGUGCAAGUCCGCAGAAAAGAAGUGCUCGCACCGGGAAAUAGCGACGAGUACAUUGGCGAAGAGGAUGAUGACGAUUCAAACGACGACGAGGAAAUGGAGGAUGAGAACGACGACGAGGACGAAGACGAGGAGGAGGACGAGGCGCCGCCAAACGCCGAAGAGGGCGAACGGGCGAGGUACUGUCGUCGUAUGCGUCGUCGUCGGCGGCGGCGGCGGAUGAUGGCGCGUCGCCGUCGUUAUCAUGCCGAUGCGGCCUCGGCAAAGACGCAGCAGAGUCGCGGCCUUAUUUUCGCUGCGCUCCGGAGACUGUCGCUCGUACUGCCGCGCACCUGCCAGGGACCAUGUCACACGUAUCCUCCCUACGCUCCAGCUCGGAGCAUCUCGGAGGAGUUCAGCAGCGGCGACACGCGAUGUCGCGAGAGCGAGGAGCCUGGAUCGACGACCGGCACGUCCCAGGCCAGCACCGGCUCCGGCACCCACAAUCGCCCGAAUAAAGACGACAAGGAGCGCGACGAAGAAACGAUCAAAGUCUACGACGGCAACAAUUCCCUGCGACGGCGACUGUUCCGGGUAAUAAGCGUACCGCGUCAAGCGACGGUCGAGCAGUUACUCGUUAUGGCCCUGCAAGCAUUCCACAUUACCAAAGAUCCGAGCAAUUUUUACCUGACCGACUUGUACACGAACGAGGAAACGCCGCUGUGCGAUCCGACGCCGGUGCUGAACCUCAACCACAAGGAGGGCAAGCGACCCGCCAUUUUUCUGCGCUUCAAGGACGUCGAGAGCAGCGAGGUGCGCGUCUACCCGGGUAAGCUGCCCGUGUCCGAGGCCUUUUGCACGGUGCCCGUGACCAGGGACACGAGCGUCAGCGAUCUCAUCCAGGAGGCCAUCACGCGCUUCCAGCUCGAGAGCGACAACUGCGAAAAUUAUCGCUGCAGCGAGAUACUGCUGGACCGAGGAGCGGUGACCGAGCGGGUGCUCGAACGUGACGAGCAGCCGCUGGAAAUUUACAAGCUCCUCGGCAAGGAUUCCAUUAGGCAAAUGGAGCUGAUGCGCUUCUAUCUCCAGCUGAAGCAGGACCCGCACGGGCCCAACAUUGCUCUCUUCGUGGGCAACUUGCCACCUGGACUGUCGGAGCGCCAAUACGAGAACAUGCUCAUGGACUUUCUCGGCAAGGAGAACAGAUUCUCGUCGAUCGGUCCGAUUUACUACGAGUACGGUUCGAUGGUCAUCACCUACGAGGACUCGAUAACGGCCGUGCGAGCUUUGUACGCCCUCAGGGAGUCCAAGUACGAGGACAAGCAUCUUCUCGUGAUGCUGCUGCCGAGCAUCGAGCCGAGCAUGGUACCGGCCGGCGUGCAGCCUCUGCUCGUCUUCGUGAACGUCAAGUCGGGCGGCUGCCAGGGCCUCGAUCUCAUCUCCAACUUCCGCAAGCUGCUCAAUCCGUACCAGGUGUUCGACCUCGACAACGGCGGCCCUCUGCCGGGCCUCUACGUCUUCCGGCACAUCAAGAACUACAAGAUCCUCGUGUGCGGCGGCGACGGCACCGUCGGCUGGGUGCUUCAGUGCCUCGACAACGUCGGCCAGGACAGCGAGUGCUCCUCGCCGGCCUGCGCCAUUGUGCCCCUCGGCACGGGCAACGAUCUGGCUCGGGUGCUCAGAUGGGGCAGUGGCUACACGGGCGGCGAGGACCCCCUCAAUCUCCUCAGAGACGUCAUCGACGCCGAGGAAAUCAGACUCGACCGUUGGACCGUCGUUUUUCAUCCCGAGGACAAGGACGACAAGACCAACGUCGUGCCGAGUAAUGCUGUCGCUGGUUCGACGAGCGAAGACAACACGCAGAUAUUCGUAAUGAACAAUUACUUCGGCAUCGGCCUCGAUGCUGCUUUAUGCUUGGACUUCCACAACGCUCGGGAGGAGAACCCGAACAAAUUCAACAGUCGCCUGCACAACAAGAGCGUCUACGUCAAGAUGGGUCUGCGCAAAAUGGUCGGGCGCAAACCCUGCAAAGAUCUUCAUCGGGAAAUCAGGCUCGAGGUCGACGGCAAACACGUCGAUUUGCCCCAAGUCGAGGGAAUCAUCAUACUCAAUAUCCUCAGUUGGGGUUCCGGAGCCAAUCCAUGGGGUCCCGAUAAAGAAGAUCAAUUUAAUAAACCCAAUCACUGGGACGGCAUACUCGAGGUUGUCGGUGUGACCGGAGUAAUACAUUUAGGACAAAUUCAAUCGGGCCUUCGCAACGGAAUGCGGAUAGCUCAGGGUGGACACAUAAAGAUUCACUUGCACUCGGACAUUCCGGUUCAAGUAGACGGAGAGCCAUGGGUCCAAAGCCCGGGUGACGUCGUUGUACUGAGAUCUGCACUGAAGGCGACAAUGCUGAGGAAGCCAAAGAGCAAAUGACGAAGGCUUCCGGAGCCGAUGUCUUCCGGCUCCUUUGCUCAGCAGCAAGCGCAGCUAUCGUUGCCUGGACCUGCAGCCGGUUUAAGCAGCAGUCCCAGCCAAACACCCGAGCUCGACGACGACGACUAAGCUUAACGCUGCUCCGAUUUAUUAUUCUCAUUAUGAAUUAGUUUUAAAUUAUAAACAAACACACAUUUCUAUAUGCUCAUUAAUCGUCGAUAAAAAUUUAUUGCGCUAACAAUAAGCAUGAUUUUUUCAAAUUAAUGAUAAGUACAAAUGAAAGCGCUUUUUCUUAGCUAAACUGAUUGUGAACAUUAUUUGGCGGUCUUCGUCAAAGUUAAUAAUAAUUUCAUCUCGCAAUCAAUGACUUUUAUGCUUUAUGAUCAAUGAAUCAAUGACUUUAUGCUACAAGCCACGAGUACACUUAAGACACAAGAAAUACAAGAAUUUUUAUAAUUCUUUUAAAACCAUCUCGAAUUUUAUCAAUUUUUUUGUUGAAGGAAAGUUAGUUGAAAAAUCGGCUUAGCAGCGAGUACAAUAUAUACCAAAAAAUAAGAACCGAAUGUACACGAUUUAUAAUGAUGUAUAAAUUGGAAGAUAAGACUAAGACAUCGCAAUUUUCUUCAUUUUCCUAUUACAUUCAAUAAUUAUCAUAUAAAUAUUAUAUAUUAAUGAUGUAUCAACGUAAAUAAAAAACGCCGUCUCUCGCACAUAAUGUCAUAAAUGAAAAAAUAUAUAUAUAUAUAUUAUACACCACUGAUGCAAAAUGAAAAUUAGCAUAGAUAUUCGAAAAGUAUGCUCUAUGACUACUAAUAAUUAUUAUAGAUAAAUGAUUAACGGAUAUUAACACUUAACAAAACAAAAAUACGCUUUAAAAAAAAAUUGUAAGAUGAAAUGAAGCUGAUCGCGCGCGCACGGCCAAGAGAAUUUGGCGCGACAUGCAAAUCCUCGAGCGAUUAUAAUAGACUUUUUUUAUUUGUCGCGUAUAUGUUUUUAUAUUAACACAAAAGCAUGUAUAGUAAAUAAUUGAUUGAUAUAGUCACAAAAUGUUUACACUUCAUAUAAAAUAAAGUGAAAAAAUAAAAGCGACUAUGUAGUGGGUGGAAAUCCACAUAACUACAAACUAAAUUAUAAAAUGAAAGAUUUUAAAAAAUAUCGCAAUUAACGUAUUAUAGUAUGUAUCUUAUCGUAACAGUGCGCGAGUCGUAACUUCAGCGAUGUAAAAUAAUUUCAAAAAAAUACAUACACAUAUUAUAUUAUAUUAUAAAAAUAUUAUAUAAAUUAUAAAAAAAAUUUAAAUUUAACAAACAAAAAAGGACGACUCGUACGCUAAAGAGAAUUGACCUUUUUAAUAAGAAACUAAAAGUCGAUACACAAACUUAUAUUAGUAUGUGUAUAUAAAGAUUGUUGAAAAAGAAAUUUUAUUCUGUGGAUAUAUUGUGCACUGUCACACUGAUGAUUUUAAUUAUUAUCUUUUUUAUCUGUUUUAUUACAUGGUAUAGAUGCUUUUAAAAGAAAUGAAUAAAAAUGUAUCAUAUCUUUUCGUAGUUUUGAAUCUAACUGCCGGGCAGUAAGAUUGUUAUAGUCGAUCGAUAUGGAAUUGUAGAGUUUAGUUGAAAUCAUUAGAAAACAUGGUACUUGAUCUAUUGUAUCAAAAUAGCACAAAAGAUAAAAAUGCCAGUAUCAAGUUAUUAUGACGCUUUUAAUUUUCAUUCAAAAAUCUUUGAUCUCUCUAUAUUUUCGACUCUUUUCACUAAUCAUGAAGGAACAAGUACAACUUAAUUUUUUUAUGAGCGCGGAAUUGAUGAUAAAAAUCAAAUCGUAUCAAACAAUCUAGUCCUUACAAAUCAGCAUGUGUUAGUGUACGCAUAAUGUCACUAAGGAAUAAUUAAACGUUAUGUAGUGAGAGUAAUCAUAGAAGAAAAAAAAUUGUUUGCAUUCACCAAUGAGGUUUAUAGAGGAUCGUUAAAAAAAAGGUGCCAAAGAGAAAAUAACAAAAACAUGAAUUCUGUAAAUACAGUGAUUAAUGUAAAGAAAAAUGUCAUAUUCAAGGUAUUGGAAAUACUUUUCGUUCGUUUCGACCUAUCGUAAUUCCCCAUCGUUUCUCAUUUCGUGACUUUACUAGAUUCCUUAAUCGUGGGGACUGAAAUUUAUUCAUUUGAACAUUAAAUACUAGAAAAAAACAUUUUAGCGUCAGUCAAUAAACACAAUACACGUAUUUACGAUAUAAUCUAGUCAAUAAAAAAAUGACGAAUGAUGAGGAUAACGAUGGAUCUUAUAACGAAAUAAUGAAGAAAAUAUUCGAUCAAAAAGAUACGAGUUACGCAUAUAGUUCUCUUGUCGUGCGCGCGAAUGGCUCUUAUACAUAACUAUAAGUAUGAAUAGUCUUUAUACACACAAACGAAAAAAAAGAAAUACUAAUUAAAUGAAAACUCCAUCUUAUACACCGAUUGUCCCACCAAAAAAAACCAACUCUUUUGCGAUGAAAAGACGAAAAUUCUAAUUACUACGAUAUUUACAUAGAUUAAUGGAUAUAUUGAUACACUUACACAUUGCAUACAUAAAAAUUUCGUUUCUCAUUAUUGUACGAGCGAAUAAAGAGAAACUGAUUAAAUAUUUAAGAGCGCAUCGACGUAACUAACUCACAUCUACAUUUUCAUUGCGUUCAAGAGUUAACAUCGCAGUAAACAAAAAAGUAUUAUAAAAUCGAAACGAUCGAAAAACAUUAAAGUAUAUAAUAUUAAUAAAGAAAGACGCGCAUAAAAACCAAUUAAUAACUUUACGAUAUUAUUAUUAUAAUAUUUAAUAGUAUAAAAAAAUUAUUAAAAAGCGAGGCAUAUGAUAUACACAUUUAGUUUUGAAUAUGAUGAACUGAAUGAUGGAAGUUUAAUAAUAAUACAAUAUAAAAAUAUACACACACGCACACGCAUAAUUAAAAAAGAAGACGAAUAAUAUACGUAAUUGAAGCGCAAAUAAAAAUAUGAGAAAUUGAUUCAAAUAAUACACGCCCUGUUGCAGUGAUAAAUUAAAAAGGGAUGGUGUCUCAAUAAAUGCACACGAGAAUAUAUUUGUGUGUGUGUGUGCCUGCGCAAGAGCGAAUUACAAAAUUGUGAAAUAUUGAAUCUAAACGAGUGAAUGAUAUAUGCGAGUCUCAUUAAUUAUAAACUUACAGUACGGAAAAUAAUUUUUAAUAGAUAUUACAGCUAGCGUUCGAUUUUCAAGAUAUAAAUGAGAUGCGUAUGCGUAUGAGAGCUGUAUCCAUGGAAAAAAAGAGUCGAGAGGUCGAUAACUAAUUGCUGGACCGUUACUGAAAAAAAAAAAUUAUGUCGUGAUCUCUCGAUCGCGAAUGCGCCAUGCAGAUGCACAGGGCUCAGUCGCUCGAGUCGUUUACACCGAUCAAUACGCGCGAAAAAUCGAGAUCCAGCGAUUAUAGAAAAACAGGUUUCAAAUGAUUCGAGCGACGCAUCUUUGGCGGAAUUUCGCGACCAAUGCGUAGUAAAACUCAAAAGAUCUAAUUGAAUGUGGAAAAAUGAACGCUGAACGAAUCUAAAGAGAAUGAGAAAAGAAAAACGUUUGUUAUUCUGACCAAGCUGUAAUACUGUAACGAUGAAUAUAUAUUACUGUUGCGUCAAAAUGAAUAUAUAUUACACGAUCUAUUAUAGAAGUCGACAAAAUAAAUGAAAAAAAAGAAGCAACAAACAAAAAAUAAUAAGCGGAGGAAUAAAUAAGCUAAGAACAAUCUACGUAUAAUAAAUAAAUGUAUGUGCUACGUU